AUGCCUGAAGGUCCAGAUGUCAGCUUGGAAUUUGGAACCAUUAAUGUCCUGGAUAAUAAGCAGCAAGUCCUGAGUCUGCAGAACAAAGGCUUAUAUGACAUUGAGUACAGUUUCAAGCUGACCACUGGAAGUGCCAAGAGGGGUGACUUGGAAUCUCCCUUCACUGUCCGGCCGCAGGGGGCUGUGCUGAAAGCCUCCCAGCCACCUGUGAAAGUUGAGGUCCUCUUCCACCCCACGACUGAAGUGUUUCUCGAGAGCAAACCCAUCCUGCUCUGCCAGGUCAUUGAUCUCAAAUCAGGUCAAGGAGGCGAGACCGUUGCCACCAUCCCAGUGAGGGUGUUGGUGAGAGCUGUGUACAGCAAGUACAGCAUCGAGCCUGCCUCGCCCAUCGACUUCGGUGCCAUGGUUAAGGGCACCAAGAAGAGACAGGUCUUAAUUGUGGAGAACAAAGGCGCCCUCAACUUCAAAUUCCUCAUCCGCCAAGCACCUCCACUGCAAAGUUCACAGCAAGAGGAAUCUGCCCCCUCAGUCAGGGAAAGAAAAUGCUCCACACAGGCUCAGCUCACUGCAGGCGUGUUCACGGUGUCCCCUUGCUCCGGCUCCGUCGGUCCUGGGGGCCAGCAGAAGAUCACAGUGGAUUGCAACCCAGGAGCAGAGGGGAAAUGCGAGGAGCAGCUGUACAUUGACAUCAGCAACAGAGACCCCAAGGACAAUCCCCUCGGCAUUCCCUUUACCCUGACUGCCAAGUCCUGCUUCCCAGCGCUUGUUGAAGACGUCACGUCCAUCUUUGAGCAGUACCCGAUCCACAGCAACGUCAAUCUCCACCAGACGUUACAGUCGGUGCAAGGCCAACGGUGUGUUCAUCAGAGAUGAUAACAAAUUCAUCUUCACCAAAGUUCAGGUUGGGCAACGGGCCACGGCUCGCUUCAAGAUCUCCAAUGGCAGCAGUGUCCCAUGUGACGUUGUGCUCUCCAUCAAAGCCUUGCCUGGAGAGGUAAGAACAAGAGGCCAAGGUGAGCGCUGCUCUCUAAAGGCCAUGUGAGAGCCUGCCUUGUUCUCCAGAGUCAUUGCGGUCUCUGACCCAGCUGGACCAGUCCAGCUCAGUGCAGGUCGAACUGCAGGGCAGAGCAGCAAUGCCAGGGGGGCACUUGCAUUGAAUUCCACAUCUCUCAAGCAAAUUUUGGCUCACGCUUCUGGGUCUUUGGUGGGAAUCCUUCUGAACAUCUCUCAAAAGCACACUCAGAGAGGGGCUGUUACAGACCGAUGGGGCAGAGCUCAAAGCAGAGCAUUUCCUGGCUUUUCCUUCUCUUGAAAGGCCAGUCCGGGGUUAUUUGAGGGGUUUCUGUGCCAUCCCAACCUCCCACAUGUGCUGGGGUGGCUGCCCAGCCCUCAAAGCAAGCUUUUGCUCACCUGGGUAUUGGCGCAAGGUCAGCAUCCCCUGGCAUGGAGGGAGCCUGCCCAGGGAAGCAUGAAGCAAGACAGGCUGUCUGGGGCUGUUCCCAGGGAUGCAUCUAGGAAUGUACUGGGUCACAUUGAAAGAUGUGACACUAACACUGCACUGUGGGUUCCCCCCAAGCCUCACAGCCUCAUCAGCAACAUCUUCAAAUUGGAUCCUGUCGAGAUGAGCAUUCCUGGCUUAUCCCACGCCUUUGCUACAGUGACCUUCACUCCAGAACAAAAGGAGGACUACCAGUGCACCUUCACAGCUUCCCUUGUUAGCCCAAAAAGGUAGUGACCCCGUGAAGUACUGGGGGGACCGUUCUGGUAGCUGCCUCUUCUCUUGGUGCCUCUAAUGCUUUCAGUGCCCUUAGGCAGAGUACCUGGCAUGAGAUGAUCUAGGAGGCAUUAAGCAUUAGGCAGAGCAGAGCAGGAAAAUGAGGAGGAUACUUCAGGCUGUGUGAGGGACUCUGAAGAGAGGGCCUCAGGUAGCCAGCUGGAAGUUACUGACAAGUGCAACAGCUGAGCUGGGGCUUUCCAAGGACAAAGGCUCAGAUGAAGCAGUUUCUGUGCCAGCAAGUCAAGAUUUCCUCCUUAUUUGUGUAAAAGGA